GGAACUAUUUAGGUCCGGAACUACGCAUGUCUAAUUGAGACAUACGAUUUCUUAAUCUUUAUUUUAGUAGAAAUACUUGUAACUUUCGUUUAAUUAAACAAAUUUGGUACUCACCAUGCCUCGAAGAUGUAAAAUGAAAUGCUAUUUUGGAUGCAAUGACAGUGGUCCAUUUCACACAUUUCCUAAUCCUGAAAGCGUGAUAGUAGAACACAUAGAGAGAUUCAAUGAUUGGAAAGCAGUGCUAGACUUAGACAUUCAAAAAAUUGGUGACCGAAAAAUUUAUAAUAAUGUACGCUUAUGUGGAAACCACUUCGAAGAUUGUUUCAAAUUACCUAGUGGUCGGCUUACCCAGAAUUCAAGACCAACAUUGUUUUGUAACAAACAAUAUCCGAAUAAUAAAAUAGAUGAAAGCUUAGAUACAUCUGAAACGAGGGAUAAUGUAGAUUCAUGGGAUAUAAAAAAUGGUAACAAUAAAGUUGAACAUGCUCCAAAGGAACUACCGCCUCGCAUUCUUUAUAAAAUAGACGCUGGACCUCCGUCAUGUGCUGUCAAAAUUAUAGCAGACAUUAUUGGCUUAGAAUUCGCAGAGAAGGAAUGCGAUUUUUUCAAACUUGAACAUAAGUCUCCUGAUUUUCUUGAGUUAAACCCGCUCGGUACCCUGCCCACGAUAACGGAUGGUAAAUUCGUCCUUUCAGAUAGUAACGCCAUAAUGAAAUACUUGUUAAGUAAGUACGGAAAAGAAUUAGAAGAGUCCCUGUAUCCAAGUGAUAUCGAGAGUCGAGCGCUAGUCGACCAGGCGCUGUUCUUCAACGCGGGAGUCUUCUUCAUCAGGCUGAAAGCUAUUGCCUUACCUACGGUAUUCGGAAGCCUCCAGGAGCCCACGGCGAAGCAUCUAGAAGACAUCGAGUCAGCGUACGGAGUAAUCGAAGCGUACCUGCGGAAGCACCACUACAUCGCGACCGACCACCUCACCAUAGCCGACAUCGCCGUUGGCUGCACCGCAUUCGCUCUAAGAGGAGUGUUGGAAAUUGAUGAAAACAAGUUCCCAGGUAUGAUAAGAUGGCUUCAAAUUCUGAGCGAAGUUCCGAAAAUCAAGAAACAUGGUGUUUCUGGUGGUGAUUUACUCGCAGAUAUAUUAAGAAAACAGUGGAAAAAGAACAAGAAUGUAGAAAAAAUAUAUGAUAUUGAUAUAUCCUAUGGUAUAUCCUAGUUGCUGCUGAAUGCUCCAUGCAACAUGGUACUACAAGAAGACUGUCCAUUCCCUGUGGUUUAUGUAUGAUCUCAUAUAAAUAUACCACAGUUAAUGAUUCCAAUCUAGGACUGUGUCGCGUUGUCAUGGCUGCUAGAAGACUAGUAUGAGACAAACAGUACAAGAAAGUACACGGAGACCCUAAAUGCCAGACGUAUUUAACAAAGAUACUACUGACACUUAUCUGGUACUAAAUGUGAUCUGUCAGACCAUAGUUGAGUCGUUAACCACAUUGUGUGACAAUGAGAUCAAUGGAAAUAUUAUGGAGAUUAUUACUUUGUCUCGAUUACUUCCUCGUGUGUAGGUGGCAGCAGAAUCCUCUGGGGAUUUUUUUUACUCUGCUCAUUCCCUGGUAGCCUGAGGGGCCAUUCCAGCUGCGUUUUGACUUGUAGGUGAGCUCAUGGGCUUCAACCUGACUAAAUGUGCUACCACUGGCUCUAGAGAGAGCAGUGCUUCGCAGAAUCUGCUACCGGAUCGGAAUGGUGACCAAGUGAAAAGAUCCGGCGAGAAACUCUGUGGAUUUCGGGACAAUCGAUGCAGAGGGGAGUCUAGGUGUCUGAAACCUGCCGCGGAGAUACGAAUUACUACACUGGUUUUUAAGUCUUCGGGCCUAAUGGGUGGACAUCCGGUGUACUCACAUCGAGCGAUGUGGCGUUUAAGUCCCACAAGCCGGUACUCCAAGGAAAUGCGUACCUAACACGCGAAUAUUUAAAGAAUACUUUGUAAUAAACAUCAGAUGGGAAAAUUUGCGAUAUUACUGUUUGGUUGUAGCUUAGGGCGUAUUGUAAUCCCAUAAAGAAAAAUACCACCAUUGUUCCACAUAGUAUUGUAUAUUAUAGUUGAAGUCGUUGUGGCCUAAAGGAUAAGACGUCCGGUGCAUUCGUGUUGAGCGAUGCACCGGUGUUCGAAUCCCGCAGGCGGGUACCAAUUUUUCUAAUGAAAUACGUACUCAACAAUUGUUCACGAUUGACUUCCACGGUGAAGGAAUAACAUCGUAAUAAAAAUCAAACCCGCAAAAUUAUAAUUUGCAUAAUUACUGGUGGUAGGACCUCUUGUGAGUCCGCAAGGCUGCCUAUUUCUGCCGUGAAGCAGUAAUGCGUUUCGAUUUGAAGGGUGGGGCAGCCGUUGUAACUAGCGGUGGGCUAUAGCGGCAUUUUCGGUUAGCGAAACGAAACUAGCUAUCGAAUGUCAAUAGCGGCUUUUGAAACGCGCUAUUUCAGUAGCGAGCAAUAGCUGGUUUUGUUUAGCAGUAAACUAAUGUGCACACGAACGAGCUAGCGUCUCGAUUAAUAUUUCAGUAAUUACGACUUUAUUUGUAAUUUAUCUUUAAGGAUAUUAUCCUUUAUUAAACAACUAUACAUUUUAUAUUUUUAACUAUUCAAUUUGGCUAUUAAACUUAAAACUUAGCGUCGCUUCUCUAAUACAUUUUGUCGCUAAACACGCGACUCGUGAAUAGCUGGUUCAAGGCCACAAAAUUCGACAUCAACUUACAUUCAUAAUUUAAUUAUUUCAAUCUUAUUUUAAGAGAUAUAAGGGCUAAAGUCAAAGGUCAAAUGCAUCUCAGUAGUGUACGUGAAAGAGACAAAAUGAUGAUUGUCUAUUUCGAUCGAACCGAUGUUUGCGCUGCGUGUCGCGAUAGCUGCCUACCGAGCGGUACGAAGUUAAACGAAUAUUGCCGAACGUUGUGUGAUUUGUUUUCGUGAUCGGUGACGUGAUUGAGUAGUAGAUGUUAGCACGUUAGCAGGUUAUUGCAGUACGGCGAAACUAGCUAACCGCUAUUUUGUCUAUAGAUAGUUUCAAUAACCAUUUACGUUGCGCAACGACCAUGCCUAGUUGUAACUAUACUGAGACCUUAGAUUAGAACUUAUAUCUCAAGGUAGGUGGCGCAUUUACGUUAUGUACGUCUAUAGGCUCCAGUAACUACUUAACACCAGGUGGGCUGUGAGCUCGUCCACCCAUCUAAGCAAUAAAAAAAUCUGAUUUAAUGUGUUUAUUAGAAUAUGAUAUUUUAAAUGAAAAAAAAGGUAUUAUUUAUUGCCCACACGGUUGUAGAACAGAAGUUUUUGUUAAAUAACUACCACCGAGAUUGUCUCGUACAAAAUCACCCCGAAACGUUCAGUCAGUAUAGCCAACAUUAAGAUUCAUAAUCUAGGUGUUUUCGGAUAAUUAAAUCGAUCAUCAUACCACCAAUUUAUGGCGCGAAAUCGUCCUACAUUCCGGUUUGAAGAUCAGGACACCCCUGGUAUACUUUUAUGUAUUGCAUUGUUAUACUUCAACACAUUCUGAUAAUGACUCCGUAACAUGAGACUGACAAAAUUAAUUAGUAUAAAAAAUCGGAGUCGGAUCGGAAUAUUUUAUCAAUAUCCCGAGAAAAGGCAUGGCGUCCCGUUAACUAAAUUUAAAUUGUAUACUCUAAAACUGGUUCUUAUUAAUUUAUAAAUAAAUAUAUUGGAAUUAAAAAAAUUUUCGAACCUAA